AUGUCACGAGCCAUGCAACAUGGAGUCAGACAAGAAUCAAAACAUACCAAAAUUAUUUCAUUCUUGCAGAAACAAUUACAAGCUCGUAAAGUACAAGGACACGGGGCUCCUAUGUUCAAAAUGUUACCGAAAUACAGAGACCCUGUGCUAUUUUCCGGAUCGUUAAGGAACAAUUUAGAUCCAUUCAACCACUAUAACGAUGAGAGUAUCUGGUUUGCCAUCGAGUGUGCUCAUCUAAAGGAGUUUGUCAUGGGCCAGGAGGCGAGGCUAGAGUUUGAAUGCGGCGAAUCCGGACAGACUUUAAGUGUCGGACAAAGACAAUUAGUUUGUUUAGCACGAACACUAUUACACAAAACAAAGAUUCUCAUACUAGAUGAGGCAACUGCAGCUGUUGAUAUGGAGACAGAUGACCUUAUUCAAGGUAAAAGAUUUCAAAAAAUAAUUGUCCAUUGA